AUGUCCAAAUUUACCUGGAAGGACCUAAUCCAACUUGGUUCCCCCAGUAAAGCAUAUGAGUCUCCCUUGGCAUGUAUUGCCCAUGUGGAUAUGAAUGCGUUUUUUGCACAAGUUGAGCAGAUGCGAUGCGGUUUAAGUAAAGAGGACCCGGUAGUCUGCGUUCAGUGGAAUUCCAUCAUUGCAGUAUCUUAUGCAGCAAGAGAGUAUGGUAUAUCAAGGAUGGAUACGAUUCAAGAAGCUUUAAAAAAAUGUCAUAAUCUCAUACCAAUUCAUACGGCCGUUUUCAAGAAAGGUGAAGAUUUUUGGCAAUACCAUGAUGGAUGGGGGUCGUGGGUACAAGAUCCUGCAAAACAAAUACAUGUGGAAAACCAUAAAGUAUCACUGGAACCGUAUAGGAGAGAAAGUCGAAAAGCGUUAAAAAUCUUUAAAAGCGCAUGUGAUUUGGUUGAAAAGGCAAGUAUCGAUGAAGUAUUUCUUGAUCUGGGACGCAUUUGUUUCAAUAUGCUAAUGUUCGAUGACUACUACGAAGUAACAGAUAACUUGAAACUGAAGGAUGUACUAAGUUCUAUUCGCGAAGUAUUUAAAGGAGGGGACUAUGAUAUUAAUGCUUAUUUACCUCCCAUUCCUGAAAAGAUAAAGUCUUUGAAAUUUGAGGGCGAAGUUUUUAAUCCAGAGAGCAAAAAUCUGAUUACAGAUUGGGAUGAUGUGAUACUGGCACUAGGAUCUCAGGCAUCUAAAAGUAUCAGGGACACCAUAAAAGAUACUCUUGGUUAUACAACUUCAUGUGGUAUUUCUAGCACUAAAAAUGUUUGUAAAUUAGCUUCUAAUUACAAGAAACCGGAUGCCCAAACAGUUGUGAAGAAUGAUUGCCUAUUGGAUUUUCUAGACUGCGGAAGGUUUGAAAUAACAUCUUUUUGGACUUUAGGAGGUGUUCUUGGAAAAGAACUAAUCGACGUAUUGAAUCUUCCAAACAAAAACAGCAUUAAGCACAUCAGAGAGACCUGGCCUGAUUAUGCUGACCAGCUCAAGGAAUAUUUAGAUACUAGGGUAAGAGAAUCUGAUUUUGAUAGUUCAGCAAGCAAUAUUGAUCCUCUAAAAACAACAGAUUUGGCCGAUAAAUUGUUCAAGUUAAGCAGAGGCCAGUACAGCUUGCCCUUGAGUUCUCGACCUGUCGUGAAAAGUAUGAUGUCAAAUAAAAAUCUUAGAGGAAAAUCAUGUAAUUCCAUAGUGGAUUGUAUUUCCUGGCUUGAGGUCUUUUGCGGGGAGCUUGCUUCCAGAAUUCAGGAUCUAGAACAGGAGUAUAACAAAAUAGUAAUACCAAGAACGGUUUCCAUAUCUUUAAAAUCAAAAUCCUAUGAAGUAUAUCGAAAGUCAGGCCCAGUUACGUACAAAGGCAUCAACUUCCAAUGUCACGAACUUCUGAAAGUUGGUGUGAAGUUCAUUACGGAGCUUGACGCUAAAGGCAAGAACAAAAGCUAUUAUCCUCUAACAAAAUUGAGUAUGACAAUUACUAAUUUUGAUAUUUUGGAUUUACAAAAAACUGUUGUAGAUAUGUUUGGCAAUCAGGUUCAUACUUUCAAAAGCUCUGUGGAUAAGAUAGAUGAGGAGAAUAAUUACUGUUCAAAAAACGAUAAGCAGGUUUCAAAGUUAGAAUGUUCUAAAUGCCAGAUAAAUUUUAUAGACGAGAAAUCUUUUCAGGAACACGUAGACUAUCAUCUAGCAUUGAAACUAUCCGAAGGUUUAAAUGGUACUGAAGAAACCUCCAAAAAUCUAUCUUUCGGGGAAAAGAGACUACUGUCUUCAAGAAAAAGAUCAAACUUACAGCGUUCUAGUACAUCUCAGAAGAAGCAGGCCACAUCUUCCAAAAACAUUCUAUCAUUUUUUACAAAGAAAAGGAACCCAUUAUAA